GCCAAGAGCCUCCCGUAGUAUUUAUACCUAAAAUUAUGGCCUAACCCUAACCUAGUACACACAUUACAUUCCGAUGUCCGCCAUCUUGGUUCGCAUACUUCGGGAGCCCCGCUUAAUGAUAUGGCGAACUAUGGCCUCUCGACCAUGCAAUGGUGUUUGAGAUUAUCAAUGGCUUUUGAAACUUAUCCUAAGGGGAAAGGAAAGUUGAUAAGAUGGCUUAAUCAUAUGGAGAACCACGGCUUCUUAUCUGGUUAUCAAUCCAUGUGAUGAUUUUUAGGAUUCUCCAUAAUUUUUAUUACUCAUCCAUGUUAAUGGGAGAUGAAAAACGGUAACGUGGCUUGAUCACACAGUAUGCUGUGUUGAGGCAGCUUGAAUCAAUUUGAAUUGGACUCGAGUUACCAUUUUUUAAAGACUUGAAGUGACUUGGGGAGUUGACUUUGAUGACUGUCUGGUUGUAUCUCUCCCUCCAAAAUAAUUUAUUACUUAUUAUUAUUAUUUUUUAUUGCGAUGACUGUUAUAUUAUUUUGGUUGACGAAAAAAAUAAAUCUCUUCCUCGCUCAUCGAAAUCGGUGAUUCCUAAACCGUGGCCCCUUGGGCGAAACGAUUUAAUAUGGCCCAUCGAACCUAAUUGAAAUAGUCCAACACUUUAUAACAUAUAUAUUUUUGCAUUCUAAAUACUGUCAAUUGUUAUGUCAUUAUCGCAAUUUUUAAUGCAUGUGUACAUCAUAACAAUUCAGUUAUCAUCUUUUGGAAGUACUGAUCGUAAUGAAGUAAUUCAACAAAUGGCCAGUGAGACUUAAUGCAGGAAUUGACUUGACUUGACUUACAUUUCUAAUCUGGUUACCAUUCCGAAUCCAAUUUUUACGGAGUGUUGUCCAAGGCUACAAACAAAUAUGAUUUAUAUAUAAUAUUCAUAGUUUUUCAUUUUAAGUUUUGAGCCUUCGGCCCAGUAACCAAGUCUAUUAUCUGUAACUGACCCACUCAGAAGAGUAAUUGCCCUGCCUUGAAUACCAAUCUAUUCUUUUAUAUGUUGUUCACUCUGAACAAGGCUACAUUACUGCUAUUUUCCCAAUCUUAUAUGGUCCAUGACAUCUUCUGAAAUUUACAUGUCUGGAUCUUCACGUGUUUCGUGAAACUUAGUGUAAAAACAUAUCAAUUCAGCGACCCAUACCCUAUCUCCAUCUUUUCACACAGGAAGCUGGGAACUGGGAUAUGGAAGUGCCAUAAACUGACUAUUGUACAUAUCGUAGUUGUGCCGUACCUCUUUGUCUUGUGUAUUUUAUUUGUAUAGUCAAUUUCAUGUCUGUUGUCCUAGUAUAACGCAGCAGUCCUAAACAUACAUGUCGCACAUCUGUGUCUUAGGCCAGUAAGGUCUUGAACAUGUAUCCAAUCUCUGUUUUACUCUUUUUUAUUAUGCAGAUACUUUUAGCACUCAUUGCCCCCUGUUUAUCAUUCCAGUGGUAUUGGAGUGUAAUUUUAUUUGGUAGAUUAGUUUGACACCUGGCAUUGUGGCCCAACUGUUCUGUGGCCUUCCUGGGGAGCCAUGACUUCCUGGUUGGGAACUGCUGUUAUGUAGUUUGGAACGACUGGUAUAUUUCUGGUUUGGCCCUGGGUGAGGCGCUCAUUUAUAAUUAUUCGAAUGAUAAUUUUUAAUCAUUGAGGCAUAUCUGGUCAGAAUAAGUUCUAUUCAAUUUAGUAGGGUAUAAUUCUGUCUAAUUGUUUUUGCAAAUAUUGAGGUGUUCAACUGUUUAUUUUUCACUAUUAGUCAAUGAGGCAAAUCUGGUCAGAAUAUUUGCUUCUUAAUCAAAGAGCUUAAGUCCUGCCACAUUUAUUCAUUUCAAGAAUAUUAUUAUGAUCUAUCAGCUUUCCUAUUUAAUAAUUUUAUUGCUUUUUUUCAUUUUUAAAUUCAGCGAAAAUUUUGUAAAUAAAAUCAAAAAUAUAAAUGGAGACGCAAAAAGGCGAUAAUGGUCGCGGUUCAAUAAACCCAAACUAUUUGCACGGUAAUGCUGUAACGUCUAUGAUUUCGCCAAUUAAUAAACAAGGAUAUUUGGGAGAUUUAGAGGAAAAAUCUGAACCAGAAUUGAAUGAAUUACUGGAAAGACAGGAAAAAAUGCUGAAAAAUAAAAAAUUUGUUGAAAGGCUUCCAGAUAAAGGAGAGAAAAUUCAAAAUUUUGUGAAAACUUUAAAAGAAUUAUUAGAAAAAAGAGAGAAAGAAAGAGAAGAAGGCAAAGUGACAGAAUCAUUCAACCAUCAUGUUGAAGAUGACCCCAACAUGCCAGGUUUAGAAGAAAUUCCGACGGACGAUAGAAGCUCCAGAAUGGAACUGGGUGAAGAUACACAAUUGCCACAUGAGAAAGAAUUGAAAAUUAUUGAGAGGGGAUUCGACCAACUAUCUGUGCAUGAAGGGCCUCACUACCAGGUCAUUGUGAAAGCAGAAGAAAAAAGCCACAAAUCAAAGUUUGCAUUGAACAGGCCAAACAAGAAGAAGAGUGCCAGCACAAAUAUAAGAAUAGAUAAGCCAGUCUUUCAUUCAAAAGAUUUAACGUCUGCUAGCGUACAUGACCCGGAACAUGGAGAGGCCACACUGAUAUCUGUGAAGGAAUGCAGGGAUCUUUAUUCAGAACAGCAGAGAAUAGUGCAGGAACAACGAGCAGAGCAGUUAGCAGAACGUGUAAUGCGAAGAAUGCAUAUUUCCGCUCGACCUAACGAACAUCCUGAGGGAAAAUAUCGAACUAAAGAUGAACGAACAGAAGCAGAGAGUACGUUUGAUCCCGAGUACUUGGACUCAGUGGAUUGAUAGUGUGCUAUUCUAUGACAUGCAGAAGUAUCUGGCUAACUAUGCUCAUACCAGAGGCCAUGGCCGCGUUACGAUUCAGCCGUCCUGUUGGACAGACACAGAAAAUACAUUCAAUCCUGAGUCCUUGAAAUGAUUCCAUGCAUCCAAAAAAAUUUGGAUAGCUUUCCCUUUACUUGAUUGACAUGGACUAGUAAUGGGAUGAGAAGCCCUGGUUUACCAUGUGAUUAAGCUGACCUAACAUUUAUGGGCUACGCCCAUACCCAACAUGAACAGGUAACAAGACGAUAGGCCGCGGUUAACCACGUGAUUAAGCCAUCUUAACAUUCUGACCUUUAACUAUACCUGACAAGACUGGUAGCCAGACAACAGGCUCAACAUGUGAUUAAAGCUGUUUAAGUAUCUUCCCGCUCCUUGGCGAAAUACUUUUCAGAACGAUGUAUCAGUUCGGUGGCCGCACAUGAGACCGUGGUUUGUCACAGUAUUAGGCAAGACUCGACAUUUACUUGUAACUCGAAACCAAACCUGAAAAUCAGCUGGGACUCUGACUUGUCUUAUUUUGGUCAAGGCAAGGGUGUCAAACUUGCAGCUCGUACUAGAUGGCGCAGACUACUGUGGAAUAAGCGGGGUCUGCCUUUGGUCACUCCAAACUAUGCGAGCGAGAGGGCUCUGUGUUAAUUCUAGGUGUAAAUUAUUAUAGGGUAGGAUUUGUAUAUUCAUACCAGGGGAGAGGGAAGGUGAUAAGACGACCUAAUCAUAUGGCAAACCCCUCAUCUGGUUGCCAACCCUCGUGGAUUGUCGUGAUUAGUUACCCAGUUACUUGUUUCAGAUACAUGCACUUGAAUUCAGCCAUUGAUGCAACCGCGAGACUUCAAUCAUGAUAUAGUACUAAAGGUAAUAAGAAGUUAAGAUGUAUUCAUUUUCUAUUGCAAACUUCAAUUAUGUUUCCAUCGGACAAUACUGUAACCUACGCAAUCAAUUUCGCACCGGACCCCGCAGAUGUUACAAUCUAUUCCGAGAGAGAGAGGGUUUUUCACAAGUUCGCAUUGAAUUAAAUUGAACAUAGUGUUCAUAACUACAUGACGCGGCGUGCAGUCCAUACUGGAGAUUCAAUGUCAUUCAAAACUCCCUUGCAGAGUUAUAUUCCUAAGUAAUAUCAUGGGACUAUGCGACAACAACUGUUCGAUGAUGGUUAUCAAAUUGUCUUGAUCCACGCCCCUUUUUUAAUACUCAACACUUUUGGCCCAACACGAAUGCGCCAUGUUUAACGAUAAAAAAUACAAAAAACGCAGGCCAAACAAUACAAAUGCAUUUUUGUCGAAGAAUUAGACAAAUCACUUAUUUUCUUUAUACUCAGUUGUGCGAUGUCUCGCAUUAGAAAUACUUUUGCCACCGCACCUGAUCAUCCUGUGUGUAUUCAAAUCCUGUAGGGAUAAUUAUGUGUGACACGAUAGUUGGCCCCCACCCUGCCAGGGGGUGAUUCACAUAACUGCUGGUCAGUUAGUAAGGCAUUCUCUACCAUCAAGCCUUCGCAUCUGAAAGAAAUAACCUGCUAACUGCUACCCCCAUACCCGACAUGCUCUUUCUAUUGCUCUCCUUGAAGCUAUCCUGGAAAUAGAACCUCGAAAACGAAUUAAUUCGGCAAUUCAUAGAAUUUAAUGUAAUGUACAAGAACCAGACAUGUA